AGAAGUAGUGUUCAAGCUCGUAAAAAAAAAAACACCGGCUCAUUUUACCUUCUGCUUGUAAAAAUAUAUAGUCAUUGAGAAACCAUAAAGUUAUUUUGCUUCCAGUACGUGAGUUGUGUGAGCGAAAUGGGGGAAUUCACUCAAAUAAAGGUAGAAGAGCUUAUAAUAUUCGACACUUCGCCGACGGAACAGGAAACUCCACUCGCUAACAACGAUCGGUGCACCGGUGAAACGACUGGAACUUGUACCCAUAGGGAUGGUUUAGUUGAUGUGGUACAAGAACAUCCGAAAGUUAUCACAGCAGCUGGGGAGAACAUUACAACUUUUCGCUCCAGUAACUCGGACGGUUCGAAAAUAGCCAACUAUCACCAUCUACGAAAAAAGUACGGGGAAUGUGAUGGAAAACAGAACCUCGAGAACCAUAGAAAACCUCACAUCGGGAAACGCCGUUUCGCUUGUGAUAUGCAGCACCAUAAAAGCACUUCACACGCAGGAGACCGCUCCUUCCAGUGUGACAUAUGCAACCGACAUUUUACCCAGAAAUCAGCUCUAUCUUGUCACAUGAACAUACACCGUACAGAUUGCUUGCAUAAGUGCCUGCUUUGCGGUAAGAAAUUCACAAGUAAUCUUCGCCUCGAUGACCAUAUGCUCAGUCACAGCAAUAAACGACUCUUCAAAUGCGACAUCUGUGAAGCGACAUUCAACGUAUCUAGAUCAUUAAAGUUUCAUAGGCACGCGGUCCACAACGUUAGUCCAUCCCCAAGCAACUCGGACGGUAAUAAGCCACGAAAAAAGUUCGUUUGUGAGUACUGUGACAAGGAAUUGAGCUCAAACCAAAGCUUGAUGGAUCAUAGAAGGAUUCACACCGGGGAACGGCCGUUUGCGUGUGAUAUCUGCAGCAAAACAUUCCGCACAGCUGUGAUUUUGCAAAGCCAUAAGAAUAUUCAUACAGGAGACCGCUAUUUUGAGUGUGACAUAUGCAAGCGACGUUUCACCCAAAAAGGAAAUUUAAAGGCUCACAUGAAUAUCCAUCGCACAAAUAGCGCUCAUAAAUGUCUGAUUUGCCAUAAACCAUUCGCAACUAGUUGGCAUCUCAGAACACAUAUGCGCAGCCACAGCAAUGAGCGAUCCUUCAAAUGCGACAUCUGUGACGCGUCAUACAAGACAUCUUAUGGUGUUGAAUAUCAUAUGAAGAACCACAACGUUUAUCCCUUCCCAGACAACCAUGAAAGUACAACAAGGAACAACAAGUUUAAGUGUGACACAUGUGAGCAACGGUUUUCGAUGAAAUCACAUCUUUUGUCACACAUAAAAACACAUCGCUCAGAUUGCCCCCAUAAGUGCCUAAUUUGCGAUGAAAGAUUCGCAGAUGCCCUUUAUCUCACAAACCAUAUGGUUUGUCACAGCAAUGAGCGACCCUUCAAAUGCGAAAUUUGUGGUAGAUCAUACAAACGAAAUAAAGCUUUACAGCGUCACACACAUAAAUGGCAUCCCUCCUCAAGUAUUGUAGACAAACAGAAGGACCACACUGGAAGACAACGGUUGGAGUGUGAUAUCUGCAGCGAAAUAUUCCACUCAAGUACACGUUUGCAUUACCAUAUGAGGGCUCAUACAGGAGUCCCGGAUUUCGAGUGUGACAUAUGCGAACGGAAAUUCGUAUUGAAAUCCCAUCUACGGUUCCACAUGAAAAUACACCUCUCCGAUUGCCCACACACGUGCCAGAUUUGCGAUAAAAAAUUCACAACUAAUCUUCGUCUCGAAGGUCAUAUGUUUAGUCACACCGAUGAGCGACCGUUCAAAUGCGAUAUCUGUGAUAAAUCAUUGAAGGGGUCUAACCAUUUAAUGCUUCAUAUGAAGAAGGUCCACAAGGUCGAUCUCUCCCCAAGUAACGCUGAAAGUCGGACUUAUAACAGCCUAAGCGAUGUAUACAGCUGCAACAUAUGUGGUAAACAGUACAAACAAAAAACUUCACUGCGUAUCCAUCAGGAUCUCCAUAAGAUUGCUACAACUGUGACAGCUUCCCCACGCAUGCUUAUACAUUUCGGAAAGGUUUCAUAGAAUAUCGAAAACUUUUUGACUUAUCUGCAAUUAUUUAUUUAAAUUAAAUUUGGAAUUUCCGCAAAGCCCUCAGAACUCCACCAAAUUGCAAGUAUUUUUACUGAUUACUAAUUACAAUUUUGCAUAAUUUUCAUGAACACCGGUAUUUAGGAGUCAUUCAACCACUCAAAUUCUAUAUACUCUUUUUCUACACUAAUUAAUAUUGCCAUGAUUAUUGAUUAUGCGGGAUGGAAUGUCCAAAAAGAUCAUGAUUACGUGGUCCACUUGGUCACAGUUGAAUUUAUCAUCUGAUUUGUUUUUACACCUAGUUAAGCCGUAAACUUUUAGCGUGUACGCCAUGACAUGUUUUUGUUUACCUAUAUGUAGUUCAAGUUGGAAAAGUACUGUUGCAUUCUACCUUCGCAUGUAAAAAUAUCGAAAAUAUAUAACCAUUCGAAAAAAACACAAAA